GUAGACAGAUUUUCAGCAAGGUUGACGGUUAUUUGGGCUUACAGUUAGCAUGAAUUAGCAAACCCACGGACCUGAGCUUAACACUGCAGCAUACACACACACAUAUACACUUACUCUCACACAGAAACACAACCAUUGUAUCCGCUUCAAAUCUCCACCCUCACCAGAUCCAGAUGGCCGUAAGAGGGGAGAUCCUUCGGAGUGCCAUUCGCCAUUACAUAUCUACUCUACUCUCUACUCUCCACUCAUCAAGGUUAAGUUGAUCACGGCGUUUUACCACGCUGUUUUAUCACGCUCUUAAUUUUUGUGUUUCUUUCCGAAUUAAAAUGGAGUAUGUUAAAUAAUUCCAAGAUUUUUUUAUCAAAUAUAUUUUAUUUAAAAUUAAUUGAGAGGAACCAGAUCUUUUACUUAGAAUAUAAUUUGAGAAGAAGACUUAACCUCGUUUAACUGAUAACUGAUAAAAAUAAAAACUAGAAAGGAAAGAAUAUAAAAAGCAAAUAAAGAGAGAAAAGAGAGAUUUUUAAUCGAACUAAAAUGGAGUACAUUCAACCUGCUGAGCAGCCAGAAGAUAAAGUAAUAAUGAUGUGUUGCGAAUGUGGGACUUUAAUUGAGCCAAAUCCUUCUCAUAUGUGUGUUGGUUGCCUUCGUACUCAUGUUGAUAUUACAGAAGGAAUUCCUAAACAAGCCACCUUACAAUUCUGCAGACAUUGUGAAAGGUAUCUUCAACCACCUGCUGAAUGGAUUCCUGCAGCAUUAGAAUCCAAGGAACUCUUAUCACUAUGUUUAAAGAAAUUAAGAGGAUUGAACCAAGUAAAAUUGAUAGAUGCCGGUUUUAUAUGGACAGAGCCACAUUCCAAAAGAUUGAAAGUAAAGUUGACUGUUAAUGCAGAAGCGCUUGGUAGUACAGUUUUACAGCAAACAUUUGUGGUCGAAUAUGUUGUAGCUCACCAGAUGUGUGACGAUUGUCACCGUACAGAGGCCAAAGAUUACUGGCGUGCAUGUGUGCAAGUUCGGCAAAAAGCAGUAAAUAAGAAAACUUUCUAUUAUUUGGAGCAACUUAUAUUAAAACAUAAGGCACAUGAGCAAACUCUGGGUAUAAAACCUAUUAAUGAGGGAUUGGAUUUUUUCUACAUAAAUGAAGCAUCAGCUAGAAAAAUGGUUGAUUUUCUAGCAACUGUGAUACCAUGCCGUUAUCAGCAAUCAAAAAGAUUGAUUUCAUAUGAUUGUCACAGUAAUAUAUACAAUUACAAAUUUACAUACAGCGUUGAGAUUGUUCCAAUUUCCAAGGAUAGUGUGGUCUGCCUACCGCGAAAGUUAACUCACCAGCUGGGCGGAAUCAGUCCCAUCUGCUUGGUACACAAAAUUACAAAUUCCGUGCAUCUUAUGGACGUUUCAUCGGGACAAAUUGCUGAAGUCAGCUCGACUGUCUACUGGCGAUUUAAUUUCCAGAGUAUAUGUAAUCCAAAACAAUUAACAGAGUAUAUUGUCAUGGAUAUUGAGCCAUUAAAAGAUGAGGAGAAAAAAGUUUUCCCGGGACAAGGAUCAAUUUCUAACAAACAUGUCAUAGCAGAUGUGUGGUUAGUGAAAUCAUCUGAAUUGGGAAUAAAUAAUAACUCAAUUCAUACACGUACACAUUUAGGGCAUGUACUUAAACCAGGUGAUUCAGCUCUUGGCUACACUCUAAAAGACACUAAUAUCAAUGAUGCGAAUUUUGAUAAACUAAGUGAAGACACGAUACCCGAUAUCAUUCUGGUAAAGAAGUUUUAUGGCUACGACAAGGCAGCUCGUCGUAGAGCACGAGUGUGGAGAUUGAAACAUAUUAAUGACGAAGUAAUCAGCAUGAACACGGAAAAUAACGAUUAUAAUGAAUUCCUUGACGAACUGGAAGAAGAUCCCGAUAUGAGACGAAACAUCAAUAUAUUCAGAGAUACUGAGAAGCAAAUUCCUGUCGAUACUAACGAAAUAGAUCCGAGUAUUCCGCAGAUUACACUUGAAGAAAUGCUGGACGAUCUUGCGAUCGACGAUAGUUAAAUUUAAGAAUAAUAAUAGCAUACUUUUAGAAAGAUAAUAUUUUUAUUGUAAGAUAAAAUUGUAUGAUAAAGUCUAAAAAAUAGUAUGAUACUCUUUUAAAAUACACUACUACUUCUGGACUUAA